UGAUUUCUGGCUCCGGCAAGAAGACCUGAAAGAAGCGGCGCUCUCUCCUUUUCGGAGCCCACGUAGUUUUCCUCUCUUACAGCUUAAAAGCGCUGCAACAGCGGCGUCCGCGGAGGUAGCGGCUCUUAGAAGGCCCCUGAGAGGGGAGGGAGCAGAAGCAACGACGCCGGGCGAAAGCGCUCGGCUUCCGGACACCGUCGCCGAAGCUCGGCGCGGGUGGGUGUCCGCCUUCGUCAGUGCCACGGUGUCUCCUUGCGGCAGGCAGAGCUGGAAGCAGCCCCGUCUUGCUUCGGUAACCGAUCCGAUCCCCGCUGUCCGGUCAGCCGCAUGCAGCCCUCACCCUGGAGCGGAGGCGGCGGAUCGAAGAGCUCUCCAGAUCCUCCCGGCAGCGGCUGCUCCAGUCCAGGGACAAGAUGUUCUCCAAGUUCACCUCCAUCCUGCAGCACGCCGUGGAAGCGCUUGCACCUUCCCUUCCAUUGCAAGAGGACUUCGUUUAUCAUUGGAAGGCAAUUACCCAUUAUUACAUAGAAACGUCAGAUGACAAGGCUCCUGUGACUGAUACCAAUAUUCCAUCACAUCUGGAGCAGAUGUUGGACAUUUUGGUUCAAGAAGAAAAUGAAAGGGAAUCUGGAGAAACAGGUCCUUGUAUGGAAUAUCUGCUACAUCACAAAAUUUUGGAAACCUUAUACACUUUGGGAAAGGCUGAUUGUCCUCCAGGCAUGAAACAGCAGGUUUUAUCUUUUUAUACUAAACUUCUGGGAAGAAUACGGCAACCUCUUCUUCCACACAUAAAUGUACACAGACCUGUACAGAAAUUAAUAAGACUGUGUGGUGAAGUUCUUGCAACACCUACAGAAAAUGAAGAAAUCCAGUUUCUCUGCACAGUAUGUUCAAAGUUGAAACAAGAUCCAUACCUGGUUAAUUUUUUUCUUGAAGUGAUUCCAGGCCCUGUCCUACACAUUUCUUCGAGGCAGAACAAGCAGAAAGGAUUGGCUUCAAAAGAUGCAGUAAACUCAGUCACAGAGGACCUCGUAAAAAGGCAAGAUUCUGGAGUGACAGAUACAGGACAGUCAAUUCAAUCUGAAGAAACAUCAAAUAGGACAAAGCAAGCAGAGAGUGAGAAUGACCUUCAGCAGGCAGAUAAUUUCUCUGCAAAUCAGAUUGAAUUAAACAUCCCUUUAUCUCCAGAGGCUUUAGCUGUUCGCCCACAUGGGGAUUAUAAUUUGGUGAAUUCUCUGCUCAACCUUACCAAAAGCCCAGAUGGCCGAAUAGCAGUGAAAGCUUGUGAAGGCCUCAUGCUUCUAGUGAGUUUGCCUGAACCAGCAGCUGCCAAGUGCUUAACACAGAAUAUAUGUUUAUGUGAACUCCUGACAGAUAGGCUGGCGUCUCUUUACAAAGCCCUCCCCCAAUCAAUGGAUCCUUUAGAUAUCGAAACAGUCGAAGGCAUUAACUGGGGUUUGGACUCCUAUAACUACAAAGAAGACGCAUCUGCUUUCCCCGGCAAAAGAGCUCUGAUUUCAUUCCUAUCCUGGUUUGAUUACUGUGAUCAACUCAUUAAGGAAGCUCACAAGACAACUGCUCUUGCCAUGGCAAUCUCAGUGAGGGAACGUUUUUUCAUUGGUGUGAUGGAACCUCAACUAAUGCAAACUUCAGAGAUUGGAAUUCUUACUUCAACUGCCCUGUUGCAUCGUAUCGUUCGUCAAGUUUCAUCAGAUGCCUUAGUUCACGAAAUGGUUUACUUCAUCCUUGGAGAGCAGCGGGAGCCAGAAAAACUAAUGGAUGUCAACAGGCAUCCAUUGCGACAUCGCUUAAUUGAGCACUGUGAUCACAUUUCAGAUGAGAUCAGCAUAAUGACCCUCAGAAUGUUUGAACAUCUUUUGCAAAAGCCUGAUGAACACAUUCUUUAUAACCUGGUUCUUAGAAAUUUAGAAGAGAGAAACUAUACAGAAUAUAAACCACCCUGCCAAGAAGAUAAAGACCUGGUAGAAAAUGGGCAGAUACCAGGAGCAGUAGACCUGGAAGAAGAUCCUUUGUUUACAGAUCUUUCUCCUGAUACUAUAUUAUCAAAUCAAGAAUGGAUUAGCACUUCACCACCUACAACUCCCGAUCAUCCCAAAACUGAUGGGAAGACUGAAGUUCAUAAAAUUGUAAAUAGUUUUCUCUGUCUUGUACCGGAUGAAGCCAAAUCUUCCUACCAUGUGGAAGGAACAGGUUAUGAUACCUACCUCAGAGAUGCCCAUCGACAGUUUCGGGAUUAUUGUUCCAUAUGCUUACGAUGGGAAUGGCCAGGAUCUCCUAAAUCUCUGGAAAAGUGCAAUUUAGAAGCUGCAUUCUUUGAGGGACAUUUCUUGAAAGUUCUCUUUGAUAGAAUGGGCAAAAUUCUGGAUCAGCCAUAUGAUGUCAAUCUACAAGUCACAUCUGUAUUGUCCAAGCUUUCUUUGUUUCCACAUCCACAUAUUCAUGAAUACCUUUUGGAUCCCUAUGUAAAUCUGGCUUCUGGCUGCCGUUCUCUUUUUUCAGUAAUUGUUAGGGUUGUUGGGGAUCUCAUGGUACGUAUUCAGCGCAUACCUGAUUUCACACCUAAACUUCUAUUGGUCAGGAAACGUCUUCUUGGGUUAGAACCUGAAGGGCCUAUUGUUGACCACAUGACAUUACUUGAAGGUGUGAUAGUAUUAGAAGAAUUUUGUAAAGAACUGGCUGCAAUUGCGUUUGUGAAAUACCACUCUUCAUCAGCACCAUGAGCAGCAAUCACAAACUUCACGGUUAUGUAGUGUUUCGGUGAGAAAUGGCUAAUAAAUUUUCCCAGGCAAGAAAGCAAAAAAGCAAAACAUUGGCAUAUAUUUGGAAAGUUUACAUGGGACACAUUCAAAUUGCAGAAGUGCUUUCAUUCAUUGAUAGUGGCAACUUGGAAAUGCAAAACAGACAUCGUAUCAUCAAUUCAACCGAAGGGACUCUAGCUAAAAAAGUUCAGCUUCAGAAGUUAUAUAGAUUGAACUUUAAUUAAAAUAUUUUCUUUUAAUAAUUUACUGGGAAGUAGGAAUUUUAAAUAUAUAAAUAUAUACACAUAUUAGGCUUCAUAGGCUUUAAAUAAUAGUUUUUGUGUCAUAGCUAAGGUGUGUUUUAUCCCUUUAUAUAAAAACCAGUAAGUGAUUAAAGUGUUUUAAAAUAUUUCAGGCAAUUGGAGAAAAAAAAAACGUAAGAAGUUUCAGACUUUAUAAACAUGACCUUUUUUUCCCUGUUAUCUUUCACAUUCGUUCAAUACUUUCUCCUUAUUGAUGCCAAGUUUAGUACAGGUUUUAUUUGAAUACUUAUUCAUUAUCUCUUGUUAUGCUACAUACUAUUUUUAUAUGAUUGUUUGACUGAGCGAUAUUUUGUGCCUAUUUAUUGUUGAAAAUUCACAGGUUUUGUGCUGUUAAAUUACUUUAUUACCCAGCUAAUUUGAAAGGCUUAUCAUCUACCACAAGGGAUAAUUGAUAAGUUAUUUUACUCGAGUCCUUGCAGGCUGUUACAAAUGAAUUGACUUCUGGGUGUGAUGUUAAUGUUUGCAGAAAUUCAUUGCAAGUCAGAGAGAGUAAAGAGCUCUUUAUUUUGGCACGCCAAAUAAUCUAGAGUAGAUGGGACACCCAAGUGGUCCUAUUAUUCAUCUCUUCUGAUCUUCCAUGGAUUGAAAAAUCAGAAUAAGACCUUUAUAAUAUUUUAUUGGUUUUUAUCUUCAUGUAAAAGAGUUGGGAUUGAUAGACUCAUUACAUGGUCCCUUUAUAUCACUUUUCCUUUAUUUGUUACACCAUUAUUACAACAAAGUCAAAUUUAAUCCAAAAUUUUCUUUUUUAAGUC